CCUCUGUUGAAGUCGUAUCUGGUGUGUAAUCCACAUGUAUAGAGCUGUCCCACACAAUGAAGCGAUCAUAACACCGGUUUGUACCAGGCCCCACAAAGGGCGCUAACACCGGGGAUACAACCAUGUCAGUAAACCGGUGUUUGCGUUUGUUUUCUCGGCUUCAGCCUCACAUUAAUCCCCGGGCAGCUUGUAUCGCCGCCUGCAGCCAUCCCGUGUCUCCUGGCUCUGUUUUGUCCCAUGAACAACACCCGACUGGCUCUGUGGGUCUCUGCAGACACGCUUCAUCCAGCAGUUCUUCUCGCAAACCUCCGGACACCUCGCUGUUUGUCCCCGUCUCUCUGAAGACGGACUCCGCGCUGGAUGGCAGUGUUGGAGCAGAGCUGACCCAACCUCUGGAUAAAGAUGAACUUCUGAAAGUCCUGAACCGGUUUUAUAAGAAGAAGGAGAUGCAGAAGCUGGCAGCAGACCAUGGCCUGGAUGCUCGUCUUUUCCACCAGGCUUUUAUCAGCUUCAGGAAAUACGUCCUAGAGAUGAAAUCCCUCGCCGCCGAUCUGCACAUUAUCCUCAGUGACAUCUGCUGUGGAGCGGGUCACAUAGAUGACAUCUACCCGUACUUUAUGCGUCAUGCAAAGCAAAUCUUUCCUAUGCUGGACUGUAUGGAUGACCUGAGAAAGAUCUCUGACCUCAGAGUUCCUGCCAACUGGUACCCUGAGGCUCGUGCCAUCGAGAGGAAGGUGAUUUUCCAUGCUGGUCCCACUAACAGUGGUAAAACCUACCACGCCAUCCAGCGCUACCUGGCUGCUAAGUCUGGAGUCUACUGUGGCCCCCUGAAGCUACUGGCCCAUGAAAUCUUUGAGAAGAGCAAUGAGGCUGGUGUGCCAUGUGAUUUGGUUACUGGAGAGGAGAGGACGUUUGUGGAAUUGGAGGGUCGAGCAUCUGAUCAUGUGGCGUGCACCAUUGAGAUGUGCAGCGUCACCACACCUUAUGAGGUGGCUGUAAUCGAUGAAAUCCAAAUGAUCAGAGAUCCUUCCAGAGGGUGGGCAUGGACACGAGCACUGCUCGGUCUCUGCGCCGAGGAGAUUCACGUGUGUGGUGAAUCUGCUGCCAUAGACUUUGUCAGAGAGCUGAUGUACACCACCGGAGAGGAGGUGGAGGUCCGCACCUACCAGCGUUUAACUCCAUUCUCAAUCAUGGAUCAGGCUGUGGAGUCAUUAGACAACCUGAGACCAGGAGAUUGUAUUGUGUGCUUCAGUAAAAAUGACAUCUACUCUCUAAGCAGGCAGAUUGAGGCCAGAGGACUAGAAUGUGCUGUGAUUUAUGGGAGUUUACCUCCAGGAACCAAGCUGUCCCAGGCCAAGAAGUUCAAUGAUCCUGAUGAUCCCUGCAAGAUUCUGGUUGCAACAGAUGCCAUCGGAAUGGGCCUCAAUCUGAGUAUAAAACGCAUCAUCUUCAACAGUCUAGUGAAGCCCAAUGUAAAUGAGAAAGGGGAGAAACAGAUGGAGACCAUCAGCACAUCACAGGCUCUGCAGAUAGCUGGUCGUGCAGGAAGGUUCUCCUCUAAGUUUAAAGAAGGAGAAGUUACCACGAUGCACAGAGAUGAUCUGCCUGUCCUGAAGGAAAUACUCAGCCACUGCGUAGAUCCCAUAGAGACUGCAGGUCUCCAUCCUACAGCAGAGCAGAUAGAGAUGUUUGCCUAUCAUCUUCCUGAUGCUACAUUGUCCAACCUUGUUGACAUAUUUGUCAGUCUCUCCCAGGUGGACGGUAUGUACUUUGUCUGCAACAUCGACGACUUCAAGUUUCUGGCUGAUAUGAUUCAGCAUAUCCCGCUCAACCUGAGGUCACGCUAUGUUUUCUGUACUGCUCCCAUCAACAAGAAACAACCUUUUGUAUGCACCUCCUUCUUAAAGUUCGCCCGUCAGUUCAGUCGAGACGAACCGCUGACAUUUGACUGGGUCUGUCGCCAUGUCAGCUGGCCUUUGGCUGCACCCAAAAAUAUAAAAGACCUGAUGCACUUGGAAGCUGUUCAUGAUGUGUUGGAUCUUUACCUCUGGUUAAGCUACCGUUUCAUGGACAUGUUUCCAGACACCGGCUUGGUUCGGGAAAUCCAGCGGGAACUUGAUGACAUCAUCCAACAGGGUGUCCGAAAUAUUACACGUCUCAUCAGAGCGUCAGAUGCAACUAUCACUGACACAACACAGGCACAGAACAACAGGCGUGGCCUGGCAGCAUCUGGCGGGAGCAGUGGCAGCAGCAAUUUGACUGGCGGUAGAGGUCAGCGAGGCUCAGGACAGAUGAUGAACAGUUCUCUGGCUAGUCGACUGGUGAAAGAGGGACUGUUGACCCCUGAUUUGCUCCAGCAGCUGCAGAAAGAGUGGUCCAAAGAUCAUAAGCAGGAAUUCACCAAUCCGAGCGCAUUCGAUACAGAACAUCACAAUAACAACAACAAAGGGAAAAGAAAAAAGAAAAAGAAAUGAAGGGGGGAAACAGUUACAUGACUUUUGACACAAAAGCACUGUUUGAUUAUGAUCAUGUGGUCUGGACAGAGAUUUACAGCAGAAUACUUUGUCAUGUAAUUUACUUAUUUUUACUGUGAUAAAAGCUCACAUUGUAAAUGUACUUCUAACUUGCAAUUGUACAAACUGUAACCAGUGAUGAAACAUUAUUGAAGUCAAUGUCUGUGAAUAUCCUUCAUGUGAGCUACUGAUUGCUGCUGCUCUUCUAGCCACUCUGAAGGAUCAAGUACCCAGUGAGAGAUUCUCCAAUCUCAGUGUGAACAUACAAUAUCUUCCAUAUUCACUCUAGAAACUGGCAACUAUUUGACUGCUUCACUCAAAACAGUGACAUUAGCCCAACAAAAAAAAAGUACUGACCUGACUUAGACUCAAAUCAAUAGCUGGGUGAUGUAAUUUCCUUCCUUAGCUGUCACUGGCCUUUAGCUCUAACCUGCAAACCCAAAGUUUGUUUCACACAUUGUUAUAAAUGCUAUUUUAUAAUCACUGUGACCAGGAAACAUUUCAAAAUGCAAUGUGUAUGUGUUAUGAAGGUUAAACGUUACAGCAAUUUAUUUGGGUAUAUCUAAAGCGUUCACUUAAAACUAUUUUUAAAUUAAAAGCAUUUUCUUUGAACAGUCUGCUAACUCUGUGAAUAAAUUGAAUUCAGUACAGCCCUUUAAGAGUCUGUACAGAUGAGACACCAUAUUUUUCCUUCUUUGUACAUUUAAUUUGAUGA